AUGCCUGCCGAUAUUCAAAAUUCCGCGGAGAUUUAUGGCGAUAUCUCACAGCUAGCCAUGGCUUCGAUGCGCUUAGGCUUUCCAUUUGGAAGCUAG